UCUCGCUCUCCCCCUUCAACGUCCUCUCUGCACGCUCACCAACUCGCACCUCGCAGCCAGCAUCCCUCCUCUCUCCUCGCCUCCCCCUAAUAGCAUCCAACAAGCACUGUACUAUUAGUCUGCCUCUGCUUCUCUUUGUUGCGAUAAGAAGAGGGAACUGGCCGGGAUCUACGCUACAUCCCGUUUGUUGUCGCAUUGCUACUAGAUACGCACCCACGUCUGGAGGAAAACAGCAGAGCCACAGGGAGGGAAACAAAGACACCGACGAAGAGACACACUGCACAUACUCCGGCUCCCCCCCUCCCCCUCCACAGAACCCCGGAUUGAGACAGACAUAAAAAAGGUGGUCCGGAAGAGAGAGUAGGGAGGGUGUUAGAGAAACAGGACAUCCAGAACCGGACAUUGGGAAUUGAACAGCAGCAGAAACAGGAGGAGGAAAUCAUGCCGUCAAGGCUGAGCACGCCGGUCUUGACUGUCGACCCUGCAAAGAUUCACCAGGUCGACACUCGCAAUGCAGAGUCUCUCCAUGGAAUGUGGAUGGUGUUUUCACGAUGUGCAGACUUCAUGGAAGAGGGCAGACGGCUCGAGAACCUGAGCUGGCGGCUCUGGAACCGCGAGACCUUCUGUGUUGCCCCCCAGGCCAAGUCACGUACCAACUCAGAUAACAACAACAAGGACUCUCUUCAGCAGAGCCAAGAGCAGCAGCAGCAGAAGAGAACACACUCAGGAUCCCGUCUGGAGCGACUAAGGCGGGAGUCCAAGUCGAUUCCCGACCUUUCUAGCAGCGUGGAGUCUGCUCUAUCAGACGAGGGACUGGAACAGUCACGGUCACGAUCUACAGCACAAACGAGCUCUGGUUCGAGUCCCCAGUGCCCCUGCACACCCCGGACCAUAGAGCUUGACCCAAAGCCAGCCAUUGUCGGCGAGGACUCUGUCCUAAGCAUAUCACGAGGACGAGAAAGGCACAUCACCUCCCUCGGAUUGGAGAAGAUGGUCUACAGCAUCAAGGAGAAGAAGCAGCUGGAGCCGAUAUGUGUACCGAAGAGCAAGUCGCAGCUACAGAUCGAGAAUCGUGAACUAGACGCCACUCCCCGGGCAUCUUCCCCUACUCCAGUUUCCAUACAGCAGCCACAACAGCCGCAACAAGAACAAGAACAACAGCAACGACAACGACAACACCAGGAGCAGACACAUCUACAGCAGCUUCCGGCCCCAGCAAACAAUCAAUCUCUUGACUCGUGCUCUACUGCACUAGAGAGAGUCCGGGAGAGUGAUGUCCCUACUCCCUCUUCAGACACCAGCGUCUCAUCCACCGAACUUCCUCGACCAUCAUCCUCCGUCGUACGUGGUUUCUCACCUUCCAAGAUCUCGUCUUCAUUCCGCUCCCACAGCCAGCUCUCUCCUGCAGCCAGCACGAGCAAGAACUCGGUACCCAAACAGUCCGCCCUCAAGCAACAAAAGCCCAGUGUAUUCACUCUCGGGUGCUCCUCCGGUGAUGAGGAGUCCUCCUUCGAAGACAGAAUGGCUAUCAAGACCCACCGAAGCUCCCUUAGUGAUGGCCUCAACCACCUAGCAUCGGCCCAGCACAGCAGGAGCAGGACAUCCUUCAUCAGAGACACAGCGGCCACCAGCCACCCUAUUCGACCAAUUCGCGAGACCAGUGCAUCAGACGAAGACGCCAUUGCCUCCAGCGACGAGGACGACGAGUCUGAGAUUUCCGAAAGCGCCAUCGAGGACGAAGGCGAAGGAGACUCGUCCGACGGCGACUGGGAAGACUCCGUUACCGAAUCCGGCCGAUCCAGCGUCGACGACAAACAGCUGUUUCAGCGUGUCGACUCGCGACCAAAUCUCGUUUCGCGCCGUUCGCUUUUGACCAUGAUGAUGCACCAGCCCCAGCAGAACUUUGCUCCAACCUUCCGCGGCGGACCCGGCGCCAACUCCCGCUCUACUCCAGCUAUGCAGCAGCAGCGAGGCCUUGCCCCAGCAGAUGGCGAGGAAGAAGACAAUGACGAAGACCACAGCGGCUUUGAUUCUGGCUCCGUCGGCUCGCCGGGUCUGGAGAUGAAGCGCUCGGAAGUACCUCACUCACGUCCAAUCGUCAUGACUUCCAUUCCCCCGGGCGGUAUCGUAGCUCGUGCUCAUUCUCCGCGAACCACGCGCCGAAACAUGCUUGCAACAGAACUGACUGAGUCCCUCCGCCGCCAUCUCCUCUGGGAGCGUCAGCAGAAGACCACCGCUGCGACUGCUACCGCGGCAUUCAAGCGUCGGCAUACGGCAUGUGAUGUCGCGGGACUCCAGGAGUAUCCCGGCGCCAACGACUCCAAGGGCCAAGGCAAGGAGGACAAGGAGUCGAAGAACAGCUCGUGGAAUCACUACUUCGACUACGGUCCCUGGGAGUACCACGUCAAGGGGUGGUAGGUCCCAUGCCGCCGCCUCUCGCCCGCCAUCAAACUUUACAUCCUAUUGCACACGCCUCCAUACACCUACAUAUACCACCUUCCUACCUCUAUUCUAAUACGUUUGAUCGAUUCUAUGUAUUAUAUUACCUUCGACGACGAUGAUGAUGUUCCUUUGUUUACUCCCCUACCCUUUUACCUCCCACUCCAUACAUAAUACUUCUGCCGCUCUAUCUUGACCUCCACCUCCGCCUCUACCUCUACCUCUGUCUGCUUUACUGUUGAUGUUAUUACUGUGUUCCAGAUACCCACCAAGUCAUGUAUUGUUUGCUUUUUUUUUACUCUAUACCUUCUGCACCCUGUUAUCAUUCUUGUCUAAUUCUUAUUCAUUGUCGGGUCUGGAUGGGUCUGGAUACCAGGGAGGGUGGCUUUGUUCUUCUGCUUCCUCCAAAUUACCUGGGUGAGCGUGUGUAGUUACUUAGUUAUUUAGUCUAGUCUAGUUACUUGGUUCAUAUGAACUGAGAAAGAGGG